GCAAACCUCGUGCCAUUAAUUGCCAUGCUCGGUGCAUGUGUGUGCAUGUGUGUUUGUGUGUGUGUUUGGGGGUGGGGGGUGCUGCUGAAAUAAUGCCCCGGCUGUCCUGAUAUCCCACAAUUCUACUCUGGGCUGCAUAGUGGAGUGUGAUAGGCUGGCGGAGAGGGGAACUGCAGCAGAGUAGCACCGCUGUCAGGAAACACAAGCCCACUACGAAUGCAACUCGCAUAGCCAGCCUGAUCGAGGACGCUUUACCUGUGUGAUUUACCAUGACGACUGAAACAGGCGCAGACUCGGAGGCCAAGCAGAACAAGGAGACGGAGAAGGGGAAAGCCAAAGCAGCCGAACCGACCUCGCCUCAGAACCAGACGGAGCAGCUUCCCGCCGCCGCUGGACACAGCACCCCGGCCAGGAAAGAACAGGAGCAGCAGGAGGAGGAUCAGUCUUCUCAGAGGUCCUCUACCAGUCGUCUGUCCAGGUCUCCUUUGAGAGGAGUAAAGAAAGUGAAGAUGAUGCAGUGUAAAAUCACCAUGCUGGACGGCACCGACUUCACACUCACUGUGGAGAAGCGAUCCAAAGGCCACGUGCUCUUUGACAAAGUGUGUGAACACCUUAAUCUACUGGAGAAGGACUACUUUGGCGUCACAUACAGAGAUGUAGAAAACCAGAAGAAUUGGUUGGACCCCACCAAGGAGCUGAAGAAGCAGAUUAGAACUGGUCCCUGGAACUUUGCUUUCAAUGUGAAGUUUUACCCUCCAGACCCCUCCCAGCUCAGCGAGGAUAUCACAAGGUACUACUUGUGUCUGCAGCUGAGAGACGAUGUGGUCUCAGGCCGGCUGCCCUGCUCCUUUGCCACCCACACCGUGCUGGGCUCCUACACAGCACAGUCUGAACUGGGGGACUACGACCCUGAGGAAUUAGGAAGCGACUACAUGAGUGAACUCCGCUUUGCACCAAACCAGACCAAAGAGCUUGAGGAGAAGGUCAUGGAACUCCACAAGACCUACAAGGGGAUGACACCGGCCGAGGCAGAGAUGCACUUCCUGGAAAAUGCCAAGAAGCUGUCCAUGUACGGCGUAGACCUCCAUCACGCUAAGGACUCUGAGGGCGUAGAGAUCAUGUUGGGAGUCUGUGCAAGUGGCCUGCUCAUCUACAGAGACAGGUUGCGGAUCAACAGAUUCGCUUGGCCCAAAAUCCUCAAGAUCUCCUACAAGAGGAACAACUUCUACAUCAAAAUCCGACCCGGCGAGUUUGAGCAGUUUGAAAGCACUAUCGGUUUCAAGCUUCCAAAUCACCGUGCUGCCAAAAGGCUCUGGAAGGUCUGUGUGGAGCACCAUACCUUCUUCAGGCUCGUGUCCCCAGAGGCUCCUCCAAAGAAGUUCCUCAGCCUCGGCUCCAAGUUCCGCUACAGCGGCAGAACGCAGGCUCAGACCCGCCGGGCCAGCUCUCAGAUCAUCAGACCGGCUCCCUUCUUUGAACGCACCUCCAGCAAACGCUACAACAUGUCCCGCAGUUUAGACGGAGCACCAAUUAUGGAGAACCAUGAGACUCUUAUGAAGGACAGCACUGCAGACGGUGCGGCCAAAGUCAUCGCCAAAGGAGACAUCAUCACCACCGUAACAACAGAGAAAAAGGCAGAGGAAGAGAAGGCGGAGAGAGAGGACACUAAGAUGGAUGCUGCAGAGACGCCUGAGCCGGCUGUCACAACACCGCUCAGACACGACACAAAGACUGAAGGAGAGCCGCCUGCAGAACAAGAGACGAAAGAGGAGCUCGACCUUAAAGCCACUGAGACUUCCCUUGAGCCGGAGGAGAAAGCUGUGAAUGCCGAGACGACAGAUGCCGAGCCAGCCAAGUCAACAGGGCCAACGAGUCCUAAUGCCGUCGAGGCGGGUACCAAAGAGAUGCCUGUAGUCCACACAGAAACAAAAACCAUCACCUACGAGUCUGGAGAGCAGGUCGACACCAACGGUGACGUAGAUCCCGGUGUCUUGCUGAGUGCUCAGACCAUCACCUCGGAAACCACCAGCACCACCACGACCACACACAUCACAAAGACGGUGAAAGGAGGAGUAUCAGAGACGAGAAUUGAGAAGAGGAUCGUGAUCACAGGAGAUGCAGACAUCGACCACGACGAGGAGUAACACUGAGGGCUGUUUUCUGUUCAACCUCCCAGAAUCCGACAUCCUGAUCUCUACAUAUUAACUCCAGGACUCUCUGAAGACUAGACAGGCUCCUCCUCUCCAAAAUGCUGCAGCCCGCCGCUCUCCGCAACCAUCACCUGCAGAAUAAAUAAAUGCAUUUUGCAUGAGAAGGACGCAAUGUUGCAUUCAAAACAAAACGGCAAAAUUAUACUGAAACCGUACGAUUUAAUAAUGGUUCAUCUCGAUCCACCUGCACGCCCAAUCCCUGUGUGUGCAGCAAGCAGACCUUUUGCUUCCACUGCCUUAUGACUUUGAUGCAUUUUUAUGAUUAUUGAGAAUAAUUAUUGUAGCAAACAUUUUAUUUAUGAAAUAAAGCCAUCACUCCAGAACGUAAGAUCGCUGCAGGCUGUAUAUGUUAGGGAGCGUACUCUAUUUAACCUUGCUGUAGAAGUGCCAACCUUGUUUGCCAGCAAGCAUCGCCUCACUCACUCCAACGAACGGAUGAUUUCCUUUGUCAGCUAAGCCACUAGAGAAUCUCUUCUUCCACCCGGUUCUGUACAUAUCAAGCUUUCCUAGGAGAAUAGCAAAUUAGAUUUCACAGUUGAUUUUUGUUGCCUCCACUUGAAUUACAUUUUCCUUUUUAUGAUCAUUUCAGUAUUUUUAUUGUUCCACAUUGAUCGAUUCCUCCACUCAUGAGAGAAGGUCUUUUUUUGGCAGAAAUGAAGCCAAGGAAUCUGAUUAUUUUUUGUUUUUUUGCCUGUGCAGGCUCUGAAUGUGUUCCAGGGUAGAUGAUCGGCCGCAGCACAAGUCCCAGGUUCGUGACUGUGAGGCAAAGGGCUCAGACUGCCGAGCUCUGCCCAAAUUAGAUGCAAAGCCAAGAGAUAUCUGUCAAUCCCCCACCCCCUCUGACCACCCACUAACCCAACCUGCACAUGUGUCACCUGUACGGCCUCCCUCAUCUGUCCGACUGUAUCUGAAUAACGCAGUAUUGUUCCUGUACAGCCUUCAAACGGUGAAAUAAUAAAAGUGGCAAAUGCAUUUGUUUUUAAUUUGCUGUUUUCUUCUCAAUAAUAAAAUGUUGACAACAGUGCUGAAA